CUACCGCGAGACCUCAAGUACCGAGCUAAACCGAAUUACGUAGUGUGUAACAUUAACAAUUCGGACUGAUCAUUUGAAGGGACAUACGAAAAAGGUUCAAAAACUGAGAUCAAUUCGUUUACGUCUGGAGUUUCAUUUGUCGCAUCGAGCAGUGAAUUACUGGAAUUCUCUACCGGAACACAUAAUAUCAGCACCUUCUGUUGAUAUGCUCAAGACGAGAUUGGACCUCCACAGUACUACAAACUGCAAGGAUUAAUAUAGGUUGACAGACCUCCUACCCUUAUUACUGAAGAUAGACUCUUAUCUUUGUAAAUCAAUCAAACAGUUUUGAAUACCAAUAUAUCCUAAUAAACUGAAGUUGCUCUGCUUCCAAAAGCAUUUACAAAUUUAGUUAAAGUACUACAUUGUGUUAUUUCUAUAAUAAGUCGAAGACAAAUUUUCUGCUUUGUCAUAUAUAUAAGACUCAAUUGAUAAACUGAUUUACUUCCUAGUUUAUCGGCCUGCAAAUCAACUGACAGUUGCUGUACAAUCUUUGGUGAACUAUUACGAACAUGGACCUAGAGCGUAGAAUACCAUGUCAAAGAAUGAAUUUCAUCAAAGAAUUGAUGCCACUAAGCAGACACAUUGAAUCUCCAAUCUCCAAAAAGGUGCUUGCUGUUUUUGACGCAGCUUUACAAAAGGUAUUAACUGUUUUAUGUUUGCAGAACAUAAAGGAAUUUGCUGAGGUCAAGAAUGAAGGAAACCUACUAGACCGUGUGAGUUCUUACUUAAAUCAAGCAAAAAAAUAUGACUUAAUAAAAGCUAGUAAUCUUAACAAUCCUUAUUUACAUAAAAGUUUGUCUGAGAACUGUGAGAUGCUGAAAAAUACCAAACCAGAAAUAAACGAUCCUUCGGAAUAUAAUAUAAAUGAAGAAUUAGAGAAUAAUGUUCGAAAUUUUUUACAUUUUCUAUCAUCACAACCAUUAAUUAAUCAAGUAUUAUCUGAAGUUCUAUUAGAUAAUAAUAAUAAACAAUUAUUUAAUAAAUGGAAAUUACCAGAAACAAUUACUAAUUAUAUCAUGAAUGUUAAAUGGAUACAAAUACCACAAUUUUCUCAAAAUAAUAAAACAAAAUUAAUAGAAUAUUUAAUACAUUUAAGAAUAUUAUUAUUAAUAAAAUUAUUAAUUACACCAGAAGAUAAAAAACGUAAAAAAUUAUACAUAAAAGAACUUGAAACUAGAGAUCAAGAAUGUCAAACAAAAUUGACUGAACUUAUUAAAGAAUUGGAUAUACAAAUUUGUCAGAAUAAUACAGAAACUAGGAAAAUUGGUUAUACUGUUUCAAAACUUAAAAAUGAAAUUGAUAAUCUUGAAAAAUAUUUAACUGAACGAAAAAAACAAAUUAACACUGAAGAGGCGAAAAAAAUAACAGAAAUCACAAAACAAAACGAUGAAAAUGAAAAUAAUUUAAGUAAAGAAAUGAAAAGUCAAGAAAUACUACUUGAAAAGUUGAUUGAGACUAAUCGUUCUGAAGAGGAAACAAUUCGAGCAACCAUUUAUAAAAUGGAAAGUGAUAUUGAGUCGAAGAUUUCUAAAUAUGAUCAAGAGAUGACAGUCUUGCAGGAUGAAUAUGAUGCCCUGGAAGCAGAGUAUAUAGAGGAGAAAAGCAAUUACGAUGAAUUGAAUGAACGUUUUCAGAUUAUAAAUGAAGAGUAUCAAAAGAUAAUGGAAGAACGUAGGCUAGAGGAUGAAAGACGACAAAGAGAGGAAGAACAAAGACGUCAAAUGGAACAAGCCGUUAUAACAAUACAAGCAUUUUGGAGGUCAUAUAAAACAAGAAAACUGGCACGUGGAAGAAAAGGAGGUAGCAGAAAAGCGAAGAAGUAAUUCAUAAAACAGUGUCAAAACACUACUCAACUGGGAUUAAAAAGGUAGACAUGAAAACUUAUUUAGAACCUGACUGUUUAACACUAAAUACAUCGAUUAAAUCAUUAGCCUAUAAUGAAAAGACUUGUAUGUUCUCAAUUACAGGUUAGUUAUAUGAUUCGUAAAAAUUAAAAUGUGUAAAACAUCAAAUAUUUGAUAAACGUAUAUGGUAUUUACCAAUUAUUUAAUUAAUUAAUUACCUUUUAUGUUAUUCAUCAAUGUUUAUUUUAUAUAACAGUAAUAAACAACAUAUUGUUGAA